AUCUGCUAAAUUACUAAACUGUGUGGACUUGGAUCUAGUUAACGAGCUGUCCCUGUGCAUGUUUACACUCUGCAGUACAGUGUCGAUGCCGUCAUUGCAACACAAGUUUCUCACCACCAUGUACCCUUGGGGUCUCUUUCUUAUGGUCACCUUGACUCUAAGUCUUGGUUGGUGUCAGGACCCAGUAAGAUUUGGCUAUUUACCAGAAGAUAUGCCAAACCCACAAACUCAGCCUAGGUUGUGUGGUUUAGGACUUACUCCAGGAUACAUCUGUGACCCUAAUGGUAUUCUAACCAGGCAUCAAUUGGAUACUGUGAACUUCAUGUUGAAUGGAACUGCCUACACUUCUAGCAUAGACAGGUGUCCAUGCAGCCGCUACCACUGUGAACAUUCACAGCCUCCUCGCUUCUACAAGGUGGCAGUAGCCCUUGUUCCUAGCCUACGCCUCACUCAGGACACCCAGGGAAAGUUGAUGAGCCCCCUGAACCAAGCUCUGUAUUUUGCUUACCGCCUGGAGAGUGAACUGUGGAACUUUGGUUCUUGUGAAGAAGAUGUUGUAAUUCUGUACUCAAAGAAAGACAACAUACUGGUUACAAUGGUUGGAGCAACAGCACAACAUCAACUGGAUAAUACUUCUCGCCAGACUCUCCAUGCUAUAGCAGGCCAUCAUUUCAACGAAGGACGCAUUGUUGAGGGCUUGGAGCGUUUGAUAUAUGAAAUGAAUUUGGUACUGAACGGCAACCGCAACCACUAUCAGUUUGCUGCGCAGACAGCAGCAGGAAACCGGGUCAUUCUUUCUUCCCUGCUGGGUUCAUUUUUCCUCGUUGUUGUGUCACUGUUGAUUUCUGUGUGAUAUCCUUCAAGAAAUUACUGCCAUGCCUGUGUGUGUCUUAGCUUGGAUUAGCUUAUUAAGAUUACUUUAUAAAAAUAACAACAGUAAGCUAAAGGUAGUGGCCAGAGCAUCCAUGGAAUAGAUUCAGAGCCAUCUGGUAAUCAUGUAAAGAUCACCAUCAUUGUUUGGUCAGUAAUUUUGUUCAAAUAAUUUAUUUUCUUGGGUUGUGUGUGUGUUGGGAUGGAGGUUGCUGGUUUGUGGUGGGCAGUGGUGUUUUAGACUGCCGGUAACGCCAUAUGGUAUAUGGUGAGGAAUUUAAUGAUGGCCACAUCCAGACAAAUUUAUGUUUGCCAGAGAUGAGCUUUGAACACACACCCCAAUGUCCUCACCCUCAUGGUGAUAUGCACUUAAGUGCUUCAGCACUCUAUUGCCCUUGUAUAUUUUUUUUUUAAGGAAGUAGAAUCUCAAGAAAUGUGCUUCUUUCAAAAUGGUUUGAUUGGGUGAAUUGUGAAAUAGUUGUGUGUAUCCUCCUUGUGUGAAUCCUUAUCUGCGGAUAGCAAGCAACAAGAAAAAAAAAACAAAAACAAAAUCCUAAUUACAUUUGAACUUCAAACUCAGCUCAGCACAGAAUUGGCUGAUUUUUCUCUUUACAACUACAUUCUUGUCAAAACAUGUAAAAUAGGAAGUUGCUUUUUCCAGAAGGCUUUGGUAACCAAAGCUGGGUUUGCAGAACUCUCAAAAUCAAGGUGGAAGUAGCAAUAAUUUGAGAUGGUGGCUAUUGUCCCUUUUCCCCCAUGACUGAUAGCCUCAAGAAUGGAGAAAUUGGUGCUUGAAUGUAUAUUUGAAAUGUAAGAUUGCAUUGUUUUACAGUUUUUGUAUUAUCAAUUUGUGCCUUAUUUAUGGUGUAGUCAUAGCAAAUUUAAAUAUUUUAUGCAUGUUAGGAAUGCUUCACAAGCUUAGGGUUUUAUGUUUAUAAGUCUUGUAUUUUUCACCCCUAAGAAGCAGUUAGCUGUUUGAUAAGAAUGUUCCAUCAUGUUUUCACUCUCGGUUUUACAAUUUGCAUAUAAAUAAGGCAAAGUGCUGUAUCCUUAUUCAUGCAGCGUGAUCAUCAUUUUUGUUAAUGCCCUCAAAAGACUUGUUGGUAUUAUUAGUUUCUGGUUCUACUUGCCAUGUUUCACUUUUAGAAAGUAUUUAAAAUUGGCCAAUGGAAAUUAUGGUAUGUUACACUGCUGGAGAUUAAAGAGCUGGAAAGGCAAAGAUACUGUAUUUGGUUAAGGGGUUAGCCAGUCUUUUACAUGAUCAGUUAACUGUUUUAUUUUCAGAUUAUGAAGCAGAAAGCCUGUUAAUGAAGUUGCACUAAUUGUUAAUAAUAAUGAAGAGAAAGAAAUAGUGAAAAAAAGAGUAGAUCUGUAGCUUGUAAGCUGAUUUUUUUUUUUUAACCUUUAAGUUUAAUGUUGUAGAUGUACUGCUAUAGCAUCUAUGCCAUAUAUGCAUCGAACUCUACUUGAUAUUGAAUAAGUAUUUUACUAUUUCCUCUGCUUAACAGUAAUAAUAUUUAAUGUUUAUUGGUGUUUUUAAUAUUGGAGCAGCUUAAUGUAUUUUCACAGGUUUUACUCCCAGUCUUUUGCGUUUAAUAUAGCAGUAAGAAUAUUAUUAUUGUUUUAAAUAUUGAAGCAGCUUAAUGUAUUUUCACAGGUUUUACUCCCAGUCUUUUGCGUUUAAUAUAGCAGUAAAAAUAUUAUUAUUGUUUUAAAUAUUGAAGCAGCUUCAUAUAUUCUUUGUUUAAAAAGAAAAAUGUUUUUCUUAAAGAAAAA